AUGAAAAGUAUGAUUCGGUUCGCAAAGCGAGGAAAGCUCAAUCUAAGAUAUAUUGGACCCUUUCGUAUUAUUGAAAAGUUUGGGCCAGUGGCAUAUAGACUAGAAUUAGCCCCGGAGUUGGAUCGGAUUCACAAUGUCUUCCACGUCUCGAUGCUGAAGAAGUAUGUACCUAAUCCCUUGCAUAUCCUCGAGGCACCUCCGAUUGAGUUGCAAGAAGAUUUGAAGUUCGAGGUGCAGUUUGUACGGAUUUUAGACAGAAAGGAUCGAGUGUUGAGGAAAAAGAACAUUCCAAUGGUUAAGGUGUUGUGGAAAAAUGCUUGGAUGGAGGAGAUGAUGUGGGAAGUUGAGCACCAAUGA